ACUGCACACGUCAAUGAAUGCAGAAACACGAGGUCAUGUCAUGACGGUCAACACCAUCCUGGCUAGUUCCAUCCGAUGGACUAUGGAACACUGCACCUGAUACCCAAGCUUCAUCAGGGGCCAUUGCGACCAUGCACAAACGCCAGACUCUAUCAGGGCAACCAACCCACUAUGGGUCGAGGCUUAGUUGGCGUCGCGUCCGUUCCACAGGUGGUCGAUCCUCACGUCAUUCAUUUUCGGGACCAUUGCAAUCCAAUGGGGAGGGUAAUUGGCUCCUGCAGGGUCAAGAUGGAUCCGCCAAUAACUCCAAUCAUUCAAGACCAUCUUCUACAGCGAAAGUGAUAGUGCAGGAUGGGUCUAGUCGCUGGAAGAUGGCGUUUUUGCUAUACUUAGUGUUAACGCCAGCCCGCUCUUCCUCGCUCGUGCCUGGGGGUUUAUCGAUCAACCCAUGGCUGGUGGACUUAGGAGAACCUGUUUCGGCGUCUGGAAUUUCGAGCCGGAAUCGCGGAUCUUUGGCCUCCCAUCCCCACGGUUUACCCCGGUUGCCCGGGUGGCACUGGGCCGAGAUGAGCAGUUCCGGCGAAAUGAGAUUGAGUUUCCCAGCUGCCUCAUCUUGGCCUCUUUUUGAUCUACUUACGAUCGCUGCUUGCUAUCCCCGGCGUUUCUCAAAAUGGUAGCACCGCAACAGAGCCCCAUUAAAUCAUCUCCAUAGAAGAACGUGGGUCCCGAGGCACCCGAGUGGUACGAGAGCCCCGAUAAUCGGAAGGCGCAGAUACAUCCAUGCAUUCCACUAUUGUACAGUAUAAGUACGGUCCGUAGC